GAGGAAGACCUGACUCAGUGCUUGCGUCUCUGGCUUCCAACUCUGGGAAGCGCUGCGUGGUGUCUGCGGUCAGAGUCCGGUCCUGUCUCGUUUCGGCUGGCGUCUUCGCUCGUCCGGGAAGCAUGCGGCGGCAGUGGGGACCCGCCAUGAGGGUGGCAGAACAGGCGGGCUGCGUGGUGAGAGCCUCCCGGGCCGGGCAGCCCGAGGCAGGCUCCUGGAGCUGCAGCGGGGUGAUCCUGAGCCGCAGCCCGGGCCUGGUGCUGUGCCACGGGGACAUCUUUACCCCUUUUAUGCGGGCCGGCAGCGGAGUGCUGACCGCGGCGGCCGCCGCCUUCCUGCCCGGCGACAGUUGCAGCGACGACUUGCGCGUGCACGUGCAGUGGGGCCCAACGGCCUCGAGUCCAGCAGGCCGCGCAGAGUGGGGCCGCCCCGGGCUGUGCACGCCCCAGUGCGCUGGCCUAGAGCCGAUCCAGCCGACCUCAUACCGCGGGCGGCCCCUGAAGCCCCCUCAUCCUGCGGAGCUGCUGCUGCUGCUGAGCUGUCCAGCCUUCCGGGAACACUUCGCGCGCCUCUUCGGGAGCGAGGCAGCGGAGCAGUGGCGCUUCGCGAGCGCGGCGCCGGACUCCGAGGUGUCGGAGGACGAGGAGGAGGAUCAGCUGAGAGCAUUGAGCUGGUUCGCUCUGCUGCGAGUGCUGCUCGACCCAGAGGAGGAGGCGGUCGAGCACGGGAAGGUAUUGGCUGUGGCGCCUCUCGGAACCGUGCCCAAGGGCGCACCGCUGCUGGCCUGCGGUUCCCCGUUUGGGGCCUUCUGUCCGGACAUCUUUCUUAACACGGUCAGCGGCGGCGUGCUCAGCAAUGCAACCGGCCCGCUGCUGCUCACCGAUGCGCGCUGCCUGCCCGGCACCCAAGGCGGCGGCGUGUUUUCGGCGCGGCCCCCCGGGGCGCUGGUGGCGCUUGUGGCAGCACCCCUCUGCUGGAAGUCCCGCGAGUGGGUGGGCCUCACGCUGCUCUGCGCCGCCGCCCCUCUCCUUCGCGCUGCCCGUAACGCGCUCAGCCGCCUGCGACCUUCUGCAGCUUCCCUGGCCUCCCUCCUGCCGCCCGAAGUGGGCGCUCCUUGGGGCCUGCUCCUCCGAGACCCUGGGCCUCCGUGGGCAGGCGCGGCCGUGCUGGUGGAGUGUGGCACCGUCUGGGGCUCCGGAGUGGUCGUGGCACCCCGCCUCGUGGUGACUUGCCGACAUGUGGCCCCCCGCAAGGCGUCCAGAGUCCUGGUGCGCCCCACUACUCCCAAGUAUGCCAAGAUGUGGGGACAUGUGAUAUUUGCCACUCAGGAGACAUCUCCCUAUGACAUAGCGGUGGUGAGCCUGGAGGAGGACCUAGAGGGUGUUCCCAUGCCUAUGCCCACUGAGCAUUUCCACGAAGGUGAGGCUGUCAGUGUGGUGGGCUUCGGUGUCUUUGGCCAGGCUUGUGGGCCCUCGGUGACCUCAGGCAUCCUGUCAGCUGUGGUGCAGGUGGAUGACACACCAGUGAUGCUGCAAACCACGUGUGCUGUGCAUGGCGGCUCCAGUGGGGGACCCCUCUUCUCCUGCUCAGGGGACCUCCUAGGCAUCGUAGCCAGCAAUACCCGGGACAAUAACACAGGGGCCACCUACCCGCACCUGAACUUCAGCAUUCCCAUCACGGUGCUCCAGCCAGCCCUGCAGCAGUAUAGUCAGGCUGGUGACCUGAGUGGCCUCCAAGAGCUGGACCAUGCCACUGAGCCAGUGAAGGUGGUGUGGCGGCUGCAGCGGCCCCUGGCAGAGACCCCACGGAGCAAGCUCUAAGGCUGUGUCACCCUCUGGAGAGAAGAGCAACCAGUGUAUGUCACGGGAAGUGCUGAGUUGAUGGCAGCCUCAGGAUCCUGACAUAGUACAGCCCAACUGAAAGGCCUCCCCCCUCACCACCCAUGUUGUUCAGCUCUGGAGUCUGGUUCAAACUUCUGGAGUCUGGAGCCCCAUGGGUCUCCAACCCAGCAGCCCAUUUGGGGAUGUUUUCUUCAGUCCCCAUCUCUCUCUGGCCCCCUGGCAUUAGAUUCAGCUCUGUCAUUCCCCUUCUGGGGAACCCAGCACAACUGCACGACAGCCCUGGUCCUGACAAACAGACGCUGGCUGGAAGGCAGCCAUUGUGUCUGCUCCCUAUCUCUUGAUGGCCACUGGCUCCCAGAGCAGCUGCUCCACUGGGGCUAGGCUCCUCUUUGCUCUUUAUCAGAAUUGGGUUGACAGAGUACUGGGACUUCCUCAGAAAACUUUGGCAGAGAGGCUCUGCUCUGAUGACCAGAGACAAAGGAAGGAGCAUUUCCCUCUUCUGCCUGACCUAUGGGGAGGCAGAGUCCCCGAAAGUCAGGACUCCAGUAUCUUCAUAUGUCACGUGUCACUGACAUGCAGAGGCACUGUGAUGCAAUGCCUUAAUUUUCCGGCCCAUACAAAGGGUCUCAGGGAUCUUGGGGAUAGAAUGCGUCUGUUUGAGGUUUAAGAAUAAACAGGACCUACCUAGAAGGACCUCUAUACUUUUGAGAGUCAAAUCGGGAAUAGUACAAGCACCAGGCACAGAAACAUACCUUUUCUGUCCCAUUUUCUCAGUGGGGUUUGAGCUCAUGGGAUACUCUCGUGCCAGACUAGUCCUGGUAGCUGGUCAUGGUGCCAGUCAGCACUGGAUGGUGCUUGUAGAUCCUGAAAGGUGGUGGCCUUGGCCUGGCAGCAAGUGUUUACAGAGUGCUCAGGAUGUGCCCAGGCCUGUGCUAGGCCCUGGGGUGUGUGGGAGUUGAGGAGUUCAAAGGUUAAUGAGACCAAGUCAGCCCCUAUGAGAAGACAACCCUGCAAGUCACGAACAUGCACUGUGUGCCCAGGGCCCUGUGCAUGUGGGCCCUCAAGAAAUGAUGGUUAAAUCGUUGACAGGUUGAAUGCCAUUUGGGGCCUGGGCACUAAUGCCAGGGGCACUAAUUCUAAUUAUGGAGGAUUCCUGGGAGUACUUUGUAUCUAACAUCUAUUUGUUGAGUGCCAACUCUGGGCAACCAGAGAACAGUCCUGGGAUGGUGGUUCUCCCCUUUAUGGAUUAGCAGUGGGUCCAGAAGACAAAGUAAGCCCGAGAGAAGUGCCACAGUAAAUUAAUGGUAGCAGGGGCAAAGGCUCAGGUCUGACUUUGCUGGGAGGGGCCAGGGGGCUAGGGGAGGGCUUACGUCAGCAUGUGUGGAUACCAAGGAGCUCAGGCUAUUAGGGAGAAACUGGUGUGUCAGCCCAUUAGUGCAAAGAGCAAGGCAGCUCUGUCCCAUUCAGAUGAAAGACUGUUCAGAGGCCCAGAGAGGGAGGAUUAGGCAAUGCUUCAUCAAGAUGACUAGAGCUGAACUCUGAAAGGAGAGUAGAUGUUUAUCAAAUGGACUGGAAACAGGGACAACCUGUUUUCCAGAUUGAGAGCAGUGGAAAGCUGGUACAAGGAAGUGGGAAAAUAUGUUUAUGUUCUGGCAGUGCUAAAUGGAGAGAAAAUUGGAAAGGAGCAAGACUGGAGGCUGGAGAACCAGUCACAAUGGCCCAGGUGAGAGAGAAGACACCUAAGGCAGGACUGGCUGAGCUGAUGGCUGAGAGUCAGCAAUGCUUCCUCCUCUUGGAUUCCGUAGUAUUAGACAAUUUUGCCUGCUAUUCCUACUAAUCAUUAAAGUGCCGUAGAACUGCCAGUGUUUCAGCAUCCAAACUGUACCUUCUACUACCUCUGGCCCCCUGGAAAUUCAAAGACAAAAGUCCUUUGUUAGGCAAGGAGCCCUAAAGUUCUGUUGCAAAGCUAUGGGCACUGGAGUGGGAAGAGAGGAGCGACAUGGAGUGAACUGCCUGAGAAGGGGCAUGAAAGAGGUUGCACUGAGACUCCCUUCUUUUGGAUCAAGGUGUCCUCUGGUUGCCAAGGACGUGUUGAAUAUCAGACAUCUUCCCUGAUUUUCAUGGUUUGGGGUAGGUCCUUGAAGAUGGACCAGUCUGACCCACUCCAGCUAUGACAUGCGGUGCCCAAGCCUUGUGUGGGACCACCACACAACUCUCCUUCCUGGCUUGAGGUUUUAGGGUCCUUCCCCUUGCACUCUGCUCAUUGGAACCCUCUUCAUCUAUCUAGGCGCAGCACUUCCAAGAAAACUUCCUUGACCUUCCCAAGCCCCAGGGCAGGCUGUAGUGCUCUCUAUUUACCUCCCACAGGGCCAGGACAUGUGCCCAGCAAAUUUCCGCUGCUAGCUUGACUCACAGUUGAGGUUCUUUGCCUGCUCCGUAACUUCUACCUCCCUUAGGAAACCCCUGCUGAGGGGUUUCCUGGCUUUAGGGUCAAGGCCCAGUGCUGCUUUACUAACUGUGUGAUUUUGCCUAAGUUCUUAGCCUGUGAGCCUCAGUUUUCCUCAUCUGUGAAAUGGAGAUUAAUAAAACCUACAUUGGAGGACCCAUGUGAAAAGUAAAUUGGAGAAGCUAUCCCAAAUAGUUUGCGUUCAAUAAAUAUUAGCUAUUAUUUUUCUAAGAA